GAUCCACCAGCCUCAGCUCUUGAGCUGAAAGUGUGGCUGGAGCUAGAGGUGAAAGAGCGGGGUGACCAGCACAGCCCCAGCCAGCAGCUCCCUCACUGCUCCCAGUCCAGGGCUCAGUGGAAACUAUGGAGGCAGAGACCAGGAUGUGCAACCUGUGCUCCUCUGCCUCACUGGAGAGGGACUUCACUCAUUCAGCAGAGCAGCAGCUCAGCUGCUGAAGAGGCUGCUGCUACUGCUGCUGGGGGUGUUUGCCUGCCUGCAGGAGAGCAGGAAAAGGAGCCUGUGAGCAGGGGUUCCAGCAGGUCCUCCUGCUCCCAGAGGCGGCCUCCUCCUCCAGGCAUGGAGGUUUGCCCUCAGCUGGGCAUCUGGGUCGUUUGCCUAUAAUGUGCUGCCCUGGAUGGGCUCUUCUUGACAGGAGGACAGGGGGUGAGGAGGCCAGGGAGCCUCUCCAAAGGAAGCUUUUAAACUCAGCAGCUACACCCCAGAAUCUCCAUGCCUCCACUUGCCCAAGGAUUUAUCCACAGCGCAACUAUGAAUUUCGAGUUUCUACAAUAACACUGAAAUAAAGUUUGACUUUUUGAAACUUC